ACCUCUCACACGCAUCUGACUUUAAUGUACAGAGGUGGAUAAACGCAGAUACCCAGAUAAAAUUCGAAUGGUUACUCAAUUGGACCACUCUGCUAGGUUAAAAAAAAAAAGGACAAAAGAAAUAAAGAAGAAAAGAAAAGAGAAAGAAAGGGGAGGAAAAAGAUGAACGGUGAAGGAAGAUGAGAGCCUGGGGCUGGGUACCCUUUCAGGAAGAUAAGAUAGGGACAUGCAGAUUAAAUAAUAAUAAAAUCGGGCUGUGGAGUACUUGGCUGACGGGAAUCCCAGGAAAUCCAGAGCCUCAGAGUGGCCCUGUGCAGGAGAGCCAAGCCCCUGAGCAGUCCGCCCCAGAAGGAGGAAGAACCCCUUGGAAUUCCUCCGUGACCAGCCUCAGUUCCACAACAGUCAGCAGAACCCAGCCUUGGGGCCAGGAGAACCCCCAGUUACUGCAGCAAAUCAGCAGGCACCAGAAACAGCUCAUCCAGAUGUCGAAUGAGCCCACGGGAGAGCUGGCAGACAUGUCAGAUGUAGAGGGGGAGGUUGGGGCCAUUGGUGAGGAAUCCCCUCAGAUGAACAACAUCCAGCUCACGCCACAGGACAAAGAAGCCAUAGAGAGGAUGAAGGCCCUGGGGUUUCCUGAGAGCUUCAUAAUCCAAGUCUACUUGGAUUGUAAUAAGGAUGAGGAACUGACAAUGGAUAUUCUCGAUGGAGAUGAUGAAACACUUUGGUGAUGAGUGAUGCAGGGAGAGAGGAAGGGAAAUUGAGCUCAGCCGCAAACUUACCCCCCACUGCCGGCAAAAACGUUUUAUAGAAGAAAACAAAUAUAUAUAUAUAUAUAUAUAAUAAAAGUAGUACAAUAAUAAAAAAAAUCUUUCAAAAAGCAAAAUCACACCAAACCCUUCUAUCUGUAAUGGUUUUCCGCAAUAAUUCUGUAGAACUAAAUCAAUAAAAAAAAAAAAUUCAGGGUUUCCAUUCUCUUCGACCUCUAUGCUUAUUGAUUACUUUCUCUUCCAAAGAUCCCGUUUGGUGUUCAAUGUCCUUGAUAACAUAUCCCCCUUCUACCCCUCCAGUCCUCUUAUAUCUUAGUCUCUCUAAGACCGUCUUCUGAUCUGGUGAGACCUUGUUCCACCAAAAAAAAAAAAAAGAAGACAUUCCAUCUCUUGGUUCUAAGGCAGGGGUCCUCAAACUACGGCCCGCAGGCCAGAUGUGGCAGCUGAGGACAAUUAUCCCCCUCACCGGGACUAUGAAGUUUCUUUAUUUAAAGGCCCACAAAACAAAGUUUUUGUUUUUACUAUAGUCCGGCCAUCCAACAGUCUGAGGGACAGUGAACUGGCCUCCUAUUUAAAAAGUUUGAGGACCCCUGUAAGCAUUUUGUCUUCCCUGACUUCCUUUAAGUCUCUGGUAAUCCUAUCUUCUCUGGAAACCUUUCUUCCAUCUAGUUUUGUUGCUCAAAAUUAUUUCCUUCAUCUUGUUAAAUGCCUAACAGCACCCAUGCUACAAUAAAAACUGUCUGUUUAAAGCUGA